UUAUGGCCAUGCCGUGCUUGAGCACAUGGCCUUGUUAACACAGGAGGCAUGGCUUGCAAAACAAAACGUAAGGUGCAGCACGCACCUCCCAGUCAUGAGGGGCACAUCCCAUUUUCAAAGCAGAUCAGUUAUGCGCCUCUUGGUGCUGUUUCUCAUUGGUGUGCUGAAAAUGCCAGGUCAUCAGCUUGGCUUUACGGUGCUUAGUCAGCAGGCACGAAGUUCUUCCUUCAAUAUUCAUCAGGCACAUACUCGUAAAUUGAAUGACCUAGCCGCUCGAGGUGAUGUCCAAGCGGCACUUGAAGAGCUUCGAAAACUAUUGCCUCGGGCCUCCUCGACCCUCAAACGACUCCUUUACAACACUGGCAUCAAAGCUUGUGCAAACGCUGGCGAUUUGGAGAAGGCAGAACUGGUCUUCUCUGAAAUGCUGGAGCAAGGCAUAGAACCCAACAGAAAAGGCUUUGGAAAGAUGAUUGAAGCAGCGGCCAGCGCGGGCAACCUGUCUGCUGCAGAGGAUUGGUUCAGGCGAAGUGCGGGACUCUGCGGCGCAGAGGCGGUGCACUUCAAUUUGCUGAUCGGAGCUGCAGCGAAGGCAAGAAAUGUGGAAGCUGCAGGGACAUGGUUUCAGGAGCUUCUUCGUAACGGCGUCCAGCCAGACAAGUUCACACUGUGGAGCUUGUUGGAGGCCUGUUCUUCCACUGGAGACGUGGCAAAGGCAACCUCCUUCGUGGCAAAGUGGAGAUCACUUGGCCUGCAGGUCACGGAUGAGCACAGGGCUGCUCUACGAAAGGUCUACGUGAAGAACAACGAUCUGGAAGCUGUGGAAGAACAGAUUCGGAAGCUCGAAAAGCCAGGCCUGAAAGACUAUGGCAUGGUGGUGGAUGCAGCCGCACGAUGCGGGAACCUCACCGCUGCCGAGUUCUGGUUCCAAGAAGCAGAGGCGGCUGGAAUUCAGCCUCGCAAUGCUUAUGCCAUCUUGGUGACCCUGAUGUUUGCGGCGGCAAGGGCAGCUGACGUGGCUAGGUGUGAGCAUUGGUUCCAAGCCGCAACAGAGGCAAGGUUACAGCCCAGUGGGGCCAUGUACACAGCCCUGGUCACUUCCGCUGCAGAGAGCCUAGAUCUAGUUGCUGCGGAGCAUUGGCUCACACUUUGCAGGGCCCAGCUGGGGCCUGGCGGGUCAGAGGAGGCAACGAAUGCAGCCCUGCGAGCAGCAGGGCUCCGAGGAGAUUUGGAGACGGCAGAGAAGUGGGCUGAGAUUCUGUUAGAGGAUGGGAGAAAACUUGACGGCUACUCGUAUCGUGCUUUGCUAACGGCGGCGGCGCGGGGCCGCAACACUGUGGCAGCCCAGAGAUGGUUCCGUCGAGCAACAAGGGAGGGAGAGGUGGAACUGAGCACUUGCAAUGCCGCGAUUCAAGCAGCAGCACGAGCAGGUGAUACUGGGCUGGCUCAUGAAAUGCUGCAGGAGAUGAGGGCUUUGGAUGUGCGUCCAGAUCAGAUUAGCUACAUCGGUCUCCUCACCAGUGCCUCCAACGCGCGGAACCUGGCUGCUGCUGAAGCGUUCCUGGCCGAAGCCAAGGCUGAUGGCCUUGGCAAAGCAGCAAUCUAUGCGCCUGUGAUCAGUUGUGCUGCCAAGUCUGGAAACGUGGCGAUUGCUGAGAAGUGGUUCUUGGAGGCGGAGAAAUUUGGUGCUGAACUGGACAUCAAUGCCUUCAACGCUAUGAUUGCAGCAGUGGCCCGUGUUGGCAACCUUGCAGCAGCCCAGCGGUGGCUGCAACGAGCACGGGAAGCUGGAGAGGAGCCGGACCUCAUCACAUACACAAGCCUCAUCAGUGCAGCUGCAAAGAAGCGCGAUCUGAAGGCGGCUCAAGCAUAUAUGCGGGAAGCCAUCGAAAAAGGACUGAAGCCAGACAUCGUUAUGAUGAACAGCAUCAUCUCAGCGGCGGCAAAGAUAGGUGACCUUAAGACUGCGGAGAAAGUUUUUCAGCAGGCUUUGGAAGCAGGUUUGGAACCUACCGUCGUCACUUUUAGCACCUUGAUUACAGCAGCCGUGAAGGCGGAUGACUUGGAGCUGGCUGAGUCCUGGCUACAGAAAUGCAGAGACUUUGGCCUCCCACCAGGUGCUGCGUUGAUAACACCAUUCAUCGCUUUUGCAGCACGGCAACGUGACUUGCAGCUGGCAGAGUCUUGGUUCGACCGAAUGGCAGAGGAACGAAUCCAACCUGAUAUGGUGGUCUAUGGCACCCUGAUUUCUGCAGCACAAAAGGCAGGUGAAGGGCAAGCUGCGGAUGCAUGGCUGCAGCGAGCAUUGCAGGAUGGCAUUCGGCUCGAUAAAAAUUGUUUUGGUAUUGCUGUUUCUGCGCUUGCCAACGCUGGUGCGCUUGAACUUGCUAUGCAGCGACUGGAUGAUAUGCGACAAUUGGGCUUUUCUCCAGAAGCCAGGCAAAUAAACGCGGUCUUGAAGCCUGUUAGUUACCAAACUGGAGCCUUUCGAGACGGCUCAGCUCAACAGAUCUUGGAGCGAAUUGUGGCAUGGCGAGUGCGGCCUGAUGAAAUGUCCUACAGGUAUUUGACCCGUUGUUUGGGUGAGAAGGCCGUGAAGCAGGCAGCAAGCGAGCAUCAGUUGUCUUUCAAGGGAUUUGAGACAGCUGCCAGACAUUCACCGAAGAUUCGCCAAACUCCUGACAGACCCAAGCAGAUGCAACGGCAAAAGAAACCCACCAGCCAGGGUCAGCAGCGAAUUUACCUGCGAGGCCGUGACAAGCCACCUUGAUUUAGCAUGCUUUGGCUUGGUUUUUAGUGAAGUUCCGAUCCCAGCAUUUAAAGGGAUCGGCUUCAGGGCGGCUUGAAUACCGAGCCGGACCAAAAGCACUGAACAGUUCUCACGAAAGCUUGGAAGAGGUAAAGACGUUACACCUAGCAGCUAGCAUAGCACGUCAAC